AUGAUGUCGGCUACGUCAGAGGCGGAUCUGCUCCGCAAGAGCAAGGUCGAACUUCAAGCGCUGGCUCUCCAAGUGGGCUUGAAAAAGAGCGGCGUGGGGUGGCCAACCUGCUGUCCGCCAAAGGGGAGCAAGGAAGAUAUCGUGCGGGCUCUGUUGCAGUUUCAAACUGAGCAGGGGGCUGAUGAGCGCCUUCCCUCAGCUGAAACCUCGCCUGCCAGAACCAUUGCCAAGGCACUUGAACCAGUCACAGCCACCGCUCGUCCUGACGAUGCAACAGUGCCUACAACUCCGCCCCGCACACCUUCGCGUACUAUUCCGAGCGUCAUUGUGACGCCCAAGGCUGCGCCACCGACGUCGUCAACUCAAAUGCUCUUUGCCACCGCGCAGUCUGCAGCCACACAGCCCACGCUUUCGGCCGUGCCGGCCCAUCCGCAGCUACCAGCCAAGGACCUACAUGCCAUCGCCACCAUGGCUAUUAGUGACGCACAAGCAAGUGGCACGGCCAAUCUGGCCGACUUUCAUCUGGACCGAUUUCCUGCCCUUAUGGACCGUGGCCUCGAGUGGCUCAGGACGCCCAGCGUCGCCCACAACCUCACUCAGCUGCAUUUGCAAAACAACUAUCUCACCGAGCUACCCUCUGAGAUUGGCGCUCUCCAAGCGCUGCGCGUCCUGGACCUUAGCCACAACGAGCUCACGUCACUGCCCGAUGCGCUCUUUUCGUGCCCCAAACUGCACUCCCUCACGCUAACCAGCAACAAGCUGCAGACCCUCUCGCCUAUGAUCAGUCAAUGCAAGCACCUGUUUGUCUUGAUUCUCCACGACAACCUCUUGAGCGAAUUGCCAUACACGCUGGGUCACCUCAAGCACCUGCGCGAGCUCGGCAUUGGAUAUCAGCCCCUGCUGCGCCGCCUGCCUCCGAACCUGGCCUUGUUGAAGGACCACCUAGAUUCUUUAUGGUUCCGAGGUCGAAAUGACUUUAGCAAUGUGCCUGCUGCCAAGCUCCUCGACAAGGAUGCUGUCAUGCAAAUUUUGCAAGCUGAGCUGCGCACCCGUGUGACCCAAAAUACCAGCAUGGCCGUUCUGAACAAUCUCUUGGGUAACAUUCGCGUGUCUCCCAUGAGCACCCCUAGCAAAGCCUACUUCAGCACGCCGCCCACAUCGCGAGGGCGCAGCAGCUUGGUGGAUCGAACCAAUCUGGCUCAACCAAACUUUGGUGGCAAGUCAUCAAACCUGGCCAAGACGCGCUUUGCCUAUGACACCGAAACAGACCAGUCACGGCAACGUGGGGCCUACACGCCACCCCGUGUCGCACGAGCACAAGUGGAGCCGGAGCGGACCUGGGCUUGCCUCUUUGCUGUGCUUGACACCAAUGUUGCCGUCGAACCGGCACAAAUGCGCGACCUGCUAGAUCUGCUGAAUCAUUAUCGCGGGGUGACAGUUGUCAUUCCCCGCACAACCAUGUUUGAGCUAGAGCACAUCAAAAAACGCACAGACCCGGCUGGCCAUGCCGCUCGCAGCGCCAUUCGGCUCUUUAACGCCCGCCUCAGCAAGCGUGACCCGCAAUUCCGUCUCCAACGUAUCAAGGAAGAACUCAAUGCCCAAAAGCUCAAGCUCUCGCAAGACCACCGCAUUCUCGACUGUGCCAUGUUCUUCCAGGAGCGCGUGGCGCAAUACAAGCUUGGUGAUCACGUCGUUCUAUUGACUGGCGAUGUCGGCCUACAAGCCGCCGCCGCCGCUGAACGAGUGGAAUGGAACACCGUGCAUCAGUUGCGCCGCAAUCUCAGUCGGCGCUGA